AUGAAAUUUCCUAGAAAUGACAAUGAUCAUGAGGAUUCAGAUGACUAAUAGAUAACAGGGAUUUCCCAAUUUUAAGCGAAUAAAUUGAAACAAUAAGCAAAGGAAAUGAACUAGAUGUUGUUGUAAUUGUAGGAGAACUUUGAAGAUGAAGACUGUGACAAAUACUAUAUUUUGAGCAAAAAUUGGUUUGAUUAAUGGAAAUAGCAUGUGUCAUAUGAUUAAGUUGUAAAUGGUCAAGCACCUGACAAGAAAUUCGGAUAAACAAUGUUGCAAAAUUAUAAUAAUGAAUUGCUAGAAAUGCGCAUAAAUGAAUGUUUCAAAUAUUAUCCGCUUAACUCCAACCCUUGGAAUAUAUGGUUGAAACCCAAUUUACAAGAGGAUAAGGAUUACAUUGUGAUUUCAUAAUAAAUCUAGAACUAUCUGAAUUAAAAUUACAGAGGUCCUUAGAUUGUGCGAAAUUCGGUAGGACAAGGCAAAGAUAAAAAGGUGGUUGUGAAUUUGUUUAAGUUCAAUGCCGCAUUGAUUUUACCUAAUACGAUUAUUUAAAUCGCUUAGGAUAAUCUGACAUAAUUCGAAAAGGAAUAUUUAUAAGCAGAUGAGAAUUGUGUAUUGAAGGACUUUUAUGCUUUAAUAUAAAAAACUGUGCAUACUUUUAGGGGUAAUUACAAUAAUCAGAAUGGUGUUAGAAUUUGGAGAUACAAAAAUUAAAAUGAUCCUCAUAAGGCAUUGUUUGCAGAAAUCAGAAAGCAGGUUUAGGAUCUUGAUUUCAAUGAUGAUCAAGUCUUUGAUUUUUCUGGAGAUCCUAUUGAGAAUUCAGCAGACAUCACAUUAAAAUCAUUAAAACUUACUGAUAAUGACCUUGUUGUAAUUGAAUUUUAACAAAGUUUUAAGCCCUGGUGUAUUAGACAUCCCUCUGUGCCAAUAGAAGGUAAAUGUGAAAGUUGUGGUUCAAUCAGUGAACUUCAUUUUCCAUGUAAAUGCAAAAAGGUAGCUUAUUGUUCAGAAAAAUGUAAAGUGAAUGACGAACGAUAUCAUCUUCCAAAAUGUGAUCCAUGUGGAUCUGAUGAUGAAUAAGUAAAAAACAUGAAUAUCAGUGAACAAUCUGUAAAAGGAGUGGCUGGAUUGGGUAAUCUAGGCAACACAUGUUUUAUGAACAGUGGUACUCAAUGCUUAUCUAAUACAUAUCAAUUGUCCGAAUAUUUUAUUACUAAUAAAUAUUUUGAUGAGAUUAAUGAGGACAAUCCUCUAGGAACUAAUGGAUAACUAGUCAGAAAGUAUGCCUCCCUUAUCAAGAAAUUAUGGUGUGGUGACAAAAACAUAGUAAUCCCAACUAGUUUCAAAAAAGCAGUUGGAUAAUUCUAACCUAUGUUCAAAGGAUUUUAAUAACAUGAUUCUUCUGAAUUAAUUACUUUUCUAUUGGAUGGAUUACACGAGGAUCUUAAUAGAGUCAAAAAGAAACCUUAUGUUGAAUCAAAGGACAACCAAGGGAAACCAGAUUUUGAAGUGGCAAAGGAAAGUUGGUAGAAUCAUCUUGCUAGAAAUCAAUCCAUUAUUGUUGACUUAAUGCAUGGACAAUAUAAGUCAACUCUUAAAUGUCCCACAUGUUCUUAAAUUUCUAUUACUUUUGAUCCUUUCUUGACUUGUGGACUUAGUAUUCCUAGUAAAAAAUUAAAGUCCAUCUAAAUCAAGGCAAUCAAAUCAAUAGUUCAAAUCGAAACUAAAUAUAUCAACUUUGAAGGAUCCAAAAAAACAAUGCCCCUACAUGAAUUCACUAAGGAAUAGAUUAUUCCUGAAUUUAAAAUCGAUCCAAACUAAGAAUUAAUCUAUUAUACUUCGUAUUCCAAUGAUAUUCAAGAUCUAAUUGAUCCAAAGUCUGAGAUUAAUUCCGUUAGAAAGAAUUCAAAGAGAGGGUAUCUAGUGGUCAAGCCCUUGAGUGAAGAGGAGAAGGCAAUACCUUUAGAUGACAGAAUCUAUUUGAGCUAUUCUUAGAAAGCCUUAGAUGGAUUCGGCUAGUAAUAUAAAAGAACUAUUCUUUAAUAAUUCUAUGUAAUCAUAGAGAAAGAACAUACUCUUAAAUAAAUACAUCUUGCCAUUUUUAAGGCCUUACUACCCAUAUUUUGUGAUUUGGUUUCAAUUACUGAUUUGCAAACUCCUGAACAAUUGAAAUAGUACUAUGAGGAUAACAUAUACUAAAAAUAUUACACCAUACAAUUCAAAUCUCCAAGCACUUAUUGGUAAUCUUGCAGUUUCUGUAACUUGAAGAAUUGUUCAGAUUGUGAUGCAGAUUACAUAGAUGAAACCUAUCAAAAAAUUAAAAAUAAGGCACAGUAGAACGAUCUCUAUACUAAAAUAGAAUUGAUUGUGUUUUGGAAUAAGAGUCCUUUUUAGAAUGUUAAACCAGUUGACAUCUACUAAUAUUAUUAGAAUUAGCAAAAUAAAAAACAGAUGGAAGAGGAGAGGAAUUCUACGAAUAAUAAUGAUGAAAAUAGCAAUAAUAAUCUAAAUAAGCCAAGAUAUAUGGCCAAAUCUAAUAAUUAUUCGAAUAAUAAUGCAAUCCAAAAGGUUACACUUUAGGAAUGCUUGAAACAAUCAGAAUAGCCAGAAUAAUUGGCUGAAGAUAAUGCAUGGUAUUGUAAGAUUUGCAAAGAACAUGUCCAGGCUUUCAAGAGUAUGUAGAUCUAUAAGGCAUCUGAUAUUUUGAUAUUCACAUUGAAGCGAUUCAAAGCAUCAAGUGGAUUUUUCAAAUAGAAACUUGAGACCUUUGUGGACUUCCCUGUCAAAGGUUUAGAUUUAACCGAAUUCAUUCUGAAUAAGAAUCGACCAUUGGAUUAUGAUAAAGAAACGCAGCAGAAGGAAAUGAUAGAAGAGGAAUUUCCAGAGAAAAGAGACGACCAUAAGAAACUCAUAUAUGAUUUAUUUGCAGUAUCAAAUCAUUUUGGAGGCAUGGGAGGAGGACAUUACACUGCUUUUGGAAAGAACCACUUGAAUGGAAAAUGGUACAAUUUUGAUGACGCUCAGGUGAAUGAAGUGGAUGAAGAUUAAAUUAUAACAAAGAGUGCAUAUGUGUUGUUUUACAAACGUCGAUCAAAAGAGGAAAUCACACAAGACUUCAACACAUAAGAUUGAAAUUUAUCUAUAUAUAUAUACAAAGUUGACAAUAUUUAUG